CGUCGUGACGUGUAACCUCCUUCUCCCAUUCGUUUCUUCCUUUUCCCGUUCUUUUCUCCACGUUUCCACUUUUACCCCUCCCUUCCUUUCCCUUUAUUUAUCUCCUCCCAAUCGGCGCCUCUGGAUUCCAACACACACAGUAUCUUCGGAAAAAAAAAAAAAAAACUCUAGAGUGGCCGACGUUGUAGCCGGACAGAAAAGGAAGAGACUCGCUGCCGUCAGCAGGAAGUUAAGGCCGCCGCCCGCCAGAGAUCGAAUACCAUGACCAGUGCAGCGGAGAUCAAUAAGCCUUCGAGUUCCACGGCGUACCGGAUUUGCCGCGGCGGCGGGGUGGAGGGGAAGCAGCAGCAAAAUGGUGACGGCGCCGCGGUGGCGGAGGGGAGGGAGAGGCUGAAGAGGCACCGGGAGGAAGUGGCGGGGAAGGUGGCGGUACCGGAGGACUGGGGGCAGGAGAAGCUUUUGAAGGAGUGGAUGGACUACGCGCCGUUCGACAAGCUGUUGGCUCCGGCGGGGCUGGCGUCGGCCAGGGCGGCGCUGGCUGCCGAGGGACGGCGAGCCGCCGGCGGCGGGGGGCAGAGGAUGAGGAUCGAGAGUAGGUGCUAUUGAUGAGAGGGAAUAAUAGAAAAUCCGCGCGUGGUUGGGGGUUUUUUUUUUUUACCUCGGUUGGUUUUUUUACGGUUUUAUAAUUUUAUUUUAGGUGAUAUUUAUUUUUAAUUACCUCUUCGUUCCGCAGUUUAUAUGGAGUUCCUACUGUAAAAACAACAAGUAGUUGUAUCCGCGGUACAAAUUAAUUACAUUGAGCUUUCAAUCUUCUUACUUUUUGGUUAUGGUUUAUUGGAGGCAAUGGUUAUUGCCCAUUACACCUUAUAAAUACCUAAUACAAAAAAGAUAUUGGUUUCAAUAACGGUACAAGCAUGAAUUAGUAUAUUUACCCAAUUACAACAUAGUAGAAAAAGCAUGAAUUAGGAAUAAUAAUUUUUACUUCACUAGUUCGACCAUCUCUAUAAUCUGCAGGGUGAGAAAUUGGUAAUGUCGAGGCAUUGCUCUUAUUCUCUCCUUGCUUUUUUCUUGAUAUGACUUGUUUUAAUCUUAGUACGAAAUGUAAAUAUGUAUUUAUGUUGUUUUUCUAAUUCCUCCGUGAAUUAAUGAUGUGAUUCAUCAUAAAAUUCUCUUUUUACCUCUUGAUCAUUGAAUUUGGUAUCACAAAGUUUUGAACACAAAGUUUGAAAUUUUACAUACGUAGUGCAGGUCAUUCGUUUGCUCUAUUUAAGUUUUGAAAUUUUGUACCUCUUGAUCAUUUUAGUUUUUCUCUAACGCUAAUGCACUUGUCGAAAAAGAACAACUUAAAGUCUUAAUCCAAUGACAUUGUAAAGUUUUCACAAUGAGAGAAGUCGAGCAAUUUAAUCCACGUAUUCGUUUCAAAACUAAAAAAUAUAGAUACAUAAAAAGACCUCACUUCAUUUUGUCUACAUUUGACAAGGUAUUAAACAUGUAUAUGAAUGACUGCACAAUGCACAAUGAUCAGCCACAAACGGGCCGGCCAUCAACGAGGUCCAAAAUUUAACCCCGACACGAAAGUCCACCGACCUUACGGUAACAAAAUUUUACUAUCAUCCAAUAGUACUACAUUAGAAGUACCGACACAUUUUAUCUCCUCAAAGCCGAACCCCAUACCUCAAUCCAGAUUAGAGAAUGAAUAUGUUUACCCAUAAAAAUAUCAGAUUGUGCCACAUCGAUUAAUUACAAGGGGAUUAAUAGAUUUAUAAGGCCAGCUCAACAUUAAUGAUUAAAAGAGCCAGGUGGGCCUAGUUGGGUUUGAUUUUUGGGCCUAAGUGGUCAACCCCCUUCUCCUCUAUACGAUGGUCGCUCGUCUUCGAGGCCCCCAUAGCCGGACGAUGCCUACACCCCUUAGUAUGAAAUUUGGCCUACAAAAACUAAGUCUUGGAAACAAGGCGAUACAACGGGGUGCCAAACGACCGGGUACCAAGCCUGGUACCAAAUAAGGGGGCCAAAUAAGAGGGUAUCAAGCCGACAAGACGACACAAACGGGGUGCCAAACAGUCGGGUACCAAGCCGGAUACCAAAUAAGAGGCCAUCCAAAAGCUAAGCCUUGGAAACAAGGCGACACAACUGGGUGCCAAACAGCCGGGUACCAAGCCGGAUGGGGUAUCAAGCCGGCAAAGCAGGGCUUGGUAUUUUGACAUAUAAUUUGGCUAAGUAUGAAGCAAAAGGGGUAUCAAGCCGACAAGGUAGGCUUGAUACCAAAAGAUAUAAAAAUUGGCUAAGUAU